AUGGCCGAUGCGGUAUUCUCGGCUGUAGUGAAACGCUUGGAUUAUAUCAUCCAGGCAGAGUGGGACUUGUUGGUGGGUGUCACCAGCGAGCUCGAGAAGCUUUCCACUACAAUGACGUCAAUCCGAGCCAUCCUUCAGGAUGCGGAGAGGAAACUGGCACAUGAUCAGGCAGCGAAGGAUUGGUUGCAUAAGCUCAAAGACGCAGCCCACUGCAUUGAAGACAUACUGGACAAAUGGACUACGGGCAGAGAAAUAUCACAAGUUAGGAGAGAUGGGAGCCAUUCCCGGCAGCAGGUACUUUCCAAUCGUAUCCUCUCUUGCUUUUCAUUAAGUGAUCUCGCACUACGCCAUAAAACCGCGCGUGGUAUAAUACAAAUAAGGGAACGGUUAGAGCAGAUCACUGCUGAAAAAUAUAAGUUUGGUUCAGGCGAAUUUAAAGAGGUGGGGAAUGAAGAACAGAAAGCCACCUACUUGCUCAACGAAGCAAAGAUUUUCGGCAGGGAAGAGGAUAGAGAUGAAAUAAUAGAGUUCUUGAUAAGGGCAAGCGGGCCGGACUUCGCCACCAUUGCAAUAGUUGGUCCUGAGGGAAUGGGCAAGACCACUCUUGCAGGAUACAUCUAUAAUAAUGUGAGGGUCAAAACCCACUUCAAGAAGCGGAUGUGGGUUUCACUCUCCUCCAAUAUCCAGGUGAACCGUCUUGCUGAAAAUAUUAUAGCCGCUGCAGAUGAAACUUACAGUAGGCCUUCUGACCCAUUACACUGUCUUCAUGAUGCCCUGAGGGGUAAAAGGUUUUUACUCAUCCUGGACAAUGUUUGGAAUGAACAUAUUGUGAGAUGGGAUCUGCUGAAGGCCACGCUUGAAGGCGGAGCAUCUGGAAGUAGAGUUGUGGUCACAACUCGUGACCAAAACGCAGCGGUAAUAACAAGCACAGACCACCCUUAUACUCUUAGCUCGUUAUCUGACGAAGCUUGUUUGUCUAUAUUUAGCUCCAAAGCUUUCCAUGGUAGGAGCGAGACUAGUGAGCUUUCCACGUUGAAAACCAUUGGGAAGGAGAUCGUCAAGAAGUGCAAAGGCAAUCCUCUUGCCGCGGUGGCUGUUGGAAACGUCAUGCUUUUCAAGAGGACGGAGGAAGAAUGGUUGUCCGUCCUGCAAGGAGAAAUACUAGAUGUACCAGAUAUUACCAAAGCUGAUAUAUUAAGCUAUGACAAUUAUCCCUCCCAUCUGAAGCCCUGCUUCGCGUAUUUCUCUUUAUUUCCUAAAGGGCAUACGCUAAGUAGGGAUGUAUUAAUAAAGCUGUGGAUGGCCCAAAACUUCAUUAUACCUCGGAGUGGAAAAGAGGAAGAGGAAAUCGGUAGGGAUUAUUUCAACGAAUUACUGCGGCAUUCAUUAUUUAGAGAGAUCAAGAAGGACAGCAACGGCCGUGUAAUUCAAUGUAUUAUGCAUGACCUCCCUCACAUGCUCGCCCAAUUCGUUGCCAAGGGUGAAUUUUGCACCACAGAGAUUGAAAGAUUCGACUCUGGCUUGUUCCAGGGCCGUCAUUUAUCACUAAUUGUUAACAAUAACAAUGUCGCGUCGCCUACUCCUAUCCGGUUUCCCAAACCUGGAAAUGUGCGCACGCUCCUAGUGUUCUCGCAAGCAGGGGUGGAAGUCGAGCUACAGCUUUCCCAUCUAAUCAAUCCUUUGAUCCAUCUAAGGGCACUGGAUCUGAGUGGAACUUCAAUUAAGUGGUUGCCAAAUUCCAUUGAGAAUCUAAAACUUCUAAGGUAUCUCAAUCUUUCCGGGUCAUGCAUUGAAGAGGUGCCUAAAUCUGUUACUAGUCUCCGUAAUUUGCAGACUCUGAAUCUCAACAAGUGCCAAAGACUUCAUAAACUUUCCAAAGGGAUUAGUAAAAUGGUUAGUCUGAGGCAUCUUGAAAUUGAAGAGACUGACAAGCUUGUGUACCUGCCGAAAGGAAUAGGGCAACUUAGCUCCCUUCGGACGUUAUCCAAGUUCACGGUUGAUGAAAUGGGCAAAGGGUGUAAGAUGGGAGAGCUGAGCAACCUUAACCUCCUCCGUGGAAACCUGGAGAUGAGAAAUCUGGGAAAGGUGGUGAGGAGGGAAGACGCUGAGAAUGCCGAACUGAAGAACAAACAAUUCCUUCGUAGUCUGUUAUUGGAUUUUGAGAGCAAUGCAAAGGAGGACGACGGGACAAUGUUGGAAAACGGUGAGAUGAAGAAGAUGGAGAGCGUGCUCAUGGGUCUUCGACCACCCCAUGCAAAUCUAAAAGAGCUCAAAAUAUGCAACUAUAUGGGCUCUGUUCUCCCAAGCUGGAUGGAAGAUUCGCCCUUCUCCAGUCUAGUCCAGUUGAACCUACAUUCAUGCAGGAAAUUCAAGCAACUUCCUGCUCUUGGGAAGCUGCCGUCUCUUAAAAUCUUGAAGAUUCAGGGCAAUGAAGGAGUGGAAGUGGUGGGCCACGAGUUCUACGGUGGCAGUAACACUGCAUUUCCAAGUCUAAAGGAACUUUCUUUCAUUUCCUUGACUAAUUGGGAGGAGUGGAACCUUGGGGUAGAAGAUGGAACAACGAAAAAAUUUAUGCCGUCUCUCCAAGAGCUGUACAUCCAAGAUUGUCCAAAGCUGGAGGGGUUGCUGGCCCACCUCCCAGACAGCCUCUGGAGCAUCGAGAUCAAGGACUGCAAGCAACUGAUCUGGACGCCUCGCCAUCCGCCUCUCCACCUCCACUAUCUGUUCCUGCGGGGGGACGUAGGAAUUCUAACAAUGCCGCUGCCAAGCCUUCCAAGCCUCAAGAAUCUGCAUAUUAGUGACUCGCCGAAUCAGUUCUCACUGCAUGGAAUUGAAAACCUCACCUCAUUGGAGACACUGGAGAUCAAUACAUGCUCCGAGCUGACGUCGUUGACGGACAGGAUUGUAAAGCUCAGGUCACUGCAGACGCUCGGGAUCUACAACUGCAGGAAAUUGACAACCCUUCCCGUUGGGGUGGACGGGCUGCCUUCGUUCACAAUCUAUGGGUGCAAACAGUAUACGCCACUGCCGGACAGGGUGCGACUGAGGGUGCUCCAGGCAACGGGAGGAAGCAAUACAUUGCUUGCCAUCCUAAUUUUUUCUUUAUUCUUUGGCUGGCUCUUAGUCUCUCUUCAGUUUCAUCGUAUGUGA